AUAAAUAGGAGCCGGGAGAUUCAUCAGUCUGCUGUUUCUGUUUCAGGUUUGUCUUCCGCAUUCAAGGUGAAUAAAACGGUCUGAUCAUCACUACCACACAGUGAUUGUGAAUCCCAAAUCAAUUCAGCAAUAAAUGCUCUGAAUAUUCCUGUCAUCUUUGAAUUGAAGAAGAGUUUCCAGAAGAGCAGGACAAACUACAAGUGUGUCAACAAUUUCUGACAUACUACUGCAAAGAUGGAUUUUAUUAAGGAGGAGAGAGAGGACAUUGGUUAUCCAGAACCACACAGAGUGAAAGAUGAAGAAACUGAGGAACAAAUAGGCCUGAUGGAAGUGAAAGUGGAAAGUCAAGAACUGAAUGAAGUGGAGGAGAUGCAUCAUUUUCAGAUGCCUUAUGAAUUUGGAACUGGAGAGAAAUCAUUUAGUUCACAAACUGAAAUGCAUUUCUCACAACAAACAACUCAAAGAACAAAAGCCACAAAUUCUUUUAACUGCACUCAGUGUGGAAAGAGUUUCAAACGGAAAGACUGCCUAAAGGUACACAAAAGAAUUCACUCUGGAGAGAAGCCUUACAUAUGCCCUCAAUGUGGAAAGAGUUUUAGAGAGAAAGGAAAUCUUAAGAGUCACCUGAGAAUUCACACUGGAGAGAAGCUUUUCUCAUGUCCUCACUGUGAAAAGAGUUUCACACAGAAAAUAAGCCUUGAUAACCACAUAAGAAUCCACACUGGAGAGAAGCCUUUCACAUGCACUCAGUGUGGAAGGAGUUUCAGACAAAAAACAAGCCUUAAUAUCCACAUGACAAUUCACUCAAGAGUAAAGCCUUACAUUUGCCCUCAGUGUGGAAAGAGUUUCUCACAGAAAGAAAGCCUAAAGGAUCACAUACAAAUUCACACUGGUGGGAUGCCUUUCAAAUGCCCUCACUGUGGAAAGAGAUUCACAGAUUUGAAUAAUCUUCAAAAUCAUCUGAAUUUGAAGCACACUGGAGCAAAGUCAUUUAACUGUGAUCAGUGUGAUAGAAGUUUUAUCUCAGAAUCAGCCCUGAAGGGACACCUGACAAUUCAUGCAAAGAAGCCCCAUUUGUGUUCCUUUUGUGGAAGGAGUUUUUUGUGCCCGUACCGUUUCCAAGAGCACCAGGAAAGUCAUACUAGUGUGAAAAGUCAUGUGUGCCCUGAGUGUGGCGAUGCCUUUGCAGGAGCUGGCAACUUGAAGAUGCACCAAAGAGUCCAUAUUAAAGAAAAUAAGUGUUUAUACUGUGAAAAGAGUUUCACUCAUUUAGAAGACCUGGAAGCACAUGAGAAAGUGCAUACUGCAGAGUAGCCAUAGCUUGAGCCUUCAUGUGGGAAAGAGUUUCAAGUCACAAACUUCAUCUUCAGGCCCAAUGCUUUAAAGGAAACCGUUAAGAACAGAACAAACUUUCUUGUAUUAAAAUCAAGAUCAUUCCAUGGUGUUAGAAGUUUAACCAGUUAAGUUUCAACCACAUAAGACGUCAAUGAGACACAUUGUGUCACUGGGAAAACAAACGUCAUAGGAUGGAGCCCAACAAUAUGUCAACACAGUGGAAAGAAUUCACAAUUUCUGAGAGUACAGUGGGGAAAUCCCAUAUACUUGUAUAAACUAUUCCUAUUUAUACAUACAGAUGUAAAAUAUUGAAUGUCCCUAACAUCUGCGCUUGCACAUUAAGGGAAUCAAAGAGUUUUAAUUACAUUGGGGGAAUCCCAGAGUUUUAUGUAAGCGGGAAACCCCAAAACUGGAUCUCAAUUCAGCUGCAGGUCCUGAUAGUAAGUGAAGAAAACAAACACUGCAACAACUCUGGAAUGUCUGGAAAGAAAGCAAAUCAACAGCAAAAUAGUGAAGGCUUCCUCGGAUGCUAUGUGUGUUUUUAACACAAGCGUUGCGUGAAAAUUAAGUUGCUGUGGAGAAAGCUGGUUACUGAUCGAGCCGCAUGUAUACGGGAGUAAAGAGUGCCACUUAAACAGUACCCGUACACAGGAAAGCUGUUUCUCGCAAUAAGCCUCUUUCUGGUGUCCAUGUAACAAUAGUCAGCGUGCAGUCUGUGCAUGGAUGCGUGAAUGGAAUCAUUACAGCUGUUUUCUCAAACGUUUUAUGAAAGCCAGCGUUCAAGUGAUUAUAUCCUGGCAAUGGUUUUGCAUAAAAGCAUACAAAUUAUAUAAUUGGAAAGCUAAAACAUACUACUUUUACUUUAGUGCAUAAAACUAAAAAUGGGAUUCUGGGUCAAUGCACACGGCACAUAUAUAUAUAUAUAUUAGGAAUAAUAGAUUUUGUAUGUUUAUUAUUCAUUAUUUUAUUCAGCUUGUACCACAGUUACCGCACAUCAAGACAUCUUUUAGGGUUUUAUCUCAGGACAUUUUCAGGUUUGCCACAGAUAAGAUAUGAUAGAAUUGUUACUUACCCAACGUUUUAGCUGGUUAUUUUGCUUUCUUAGCCUGUAUGGCUCUUUGAAAGAAAUGAAAUAUUUUAGCAAAGUGAUUUGGAAUAUUUAUGGGUUCAAGACCUUAAUAGAUGUGCGUUUAUGAAAAAUAAAAAUGAACGUUUUACCUUUUAGAGCAUCUUUCAACAAAUUAAAGUGUGUGUGUGUGUGUAUAUAGGAAAUGGAUUUUGGUUAUUGUAGGGCAUGGUUGAAAAUAAUUGUCAUUGUAUCAUGUAAAACAUGUAAAUAUCACGACAUUUCAAAAUUGUUAUUUUGAGGCAUGGAAAUGUCAUAUAAUAGUCAAUGUAAUUUAGCAAAUUUGUAAUCAAAUGAGUAAACAGUAUAAUAUAAUGUCUUAAUUUUAAGGAUUGGUAGGCUAAUGUAUAGGAAUAUGUCUAAAAGAGAACCCUUUCUGUAAAUAAUCAUGCAACUCAAAACAUUUAUAAUAAACUUACUCAAUUGUAAUAAUUUUUUAGAAAAGAGUUGUUAAAAAUCAUGUGCAUCUGUGCAUGUGCGCCGGCCGGUCUGUGUGAACGGUACAUCACCGUGAACAUCUCUCUUUCAGAAGUUACAAAUGUUUUUAUGUUGUUUUCUGGUCUGAUCUGCUCACAAUUAUAAAAUGUCUGUGAUGAUAUCGUCAGUAUGAAUGUAAGAGCUGCUUUUAGCUCAUAAAGAAUACACAAAACAACCAAGGCAUGUACAUUAGUGCAGUGGCUCUCAACUGGUUUUGCUUUGGGACCAAGAUUUUCCAUUGGAAAUCGAGUGGCGACCCAUUAUAGUAAAACAACCUGUAUUUAAUGUAUCCUGGGUGGCAUUUCCUUUUUCAAGUAUAUGGGCAUGCAUCAAGUGACAUUAUAUUUGCUGUUGAUGUCAACAACAAAAGCAACACGAAGAUUUCUCUCCCCCCUUUUAAAAAUUAAAGAGCAUAUUUAUUGGGGCCUGGGGAGCUCAACGAGUAUUGUUGCUGACUACCACCUCUGUAGUCAUGAGUUUGAAUCCAGGGUGUGCUGAGUGACUCCAGCCAGGUCUUAUAAGCAACCAAAUUGGCCCGGUAGCUAUUGAGGGUAGUCACAUGGGGUAACCUCCUCGUGGUCACAAUUAGUGGUUCUCGUUCUCAAUGGGGCGCGUGGUAAGUUGUGCGUGGAUCGCAGAGAGUAGCACAAGCCUCCACACGCUGGGAGUCUGCAUCUGUCAUGCACAACGUGUCAUGUGAUAAGAUGUGCGAAUUGACUCUCUCGGAAGUGGAGGCAACUGAGACUUCUUGUUGCUCUUUUCCUCAGUGCAGUUUGGCAUGUCGGCUGCCUACAAUUCGAGAGGUUUGGCUUCCUCAGUAACGAUUUAAACUAGAAAAGUCUCACUAGAAUUUAAAUGUCUCAUCAGUUUUGAGGUCUGCACGCCGCAGUAUCGAGGAAUCAAUAUUGCACGACAAAGCAAAGCAGAUCAAUUACGUAAGCUGGUUCCAUUACACUUGCACAAACACUUAAUCGGACCACAAAAAUAUCACCGUGUAGAAGAGAAACCUUUAGAUGAAUGCAAGAUUUUCAUAAAAUUUGCCUCGGCAGUCCUAAAUAGGCCAUCACUUGGGUGGGUGCCAAAAAAUCUUCAGUGAAAGAACAUGUUUCUUAUCCAGUCCGAAUAGACCUGUGACCCACCAGUUGAGAAACACUGCAUUAGUUUAUAUGACUAAUAAGUUUACAUUGUACUCUGGUGGUGUAAAUAAAAUCUGUGCU